AUGGCUCCCACAUGUCACCCUGACCUCCGCAAGUACGCGUACGUGAAGCUCCGAGACCUGAUAAAGGCCCAAGUGCUGCUAGAGGAAGUACGCGGCGAUGCCGGGACAUGCGAUCUGUGCCAGACGGGCCGAAGCGAGCACCAAGGCGCGCCGCUGUAUGAAUGCUCGGCCUGCCGGCACACGUACCACCACCGGUGCAUCGACGUGCUGCGGGCGCAGGCGUCGGACCGGGGCGAGCCGCUGGCGUACGGGUGCCCGCACUGCGGCCGACCGUGGGUGACGGUCGCCCUGCUGGAGCAGCAGGCCGGGGAGACGGCCCGGGGCCGCUCCCCGCGCCGCGGCCUCCCCGAUUCCGACGGGACGUAUGCCUUCACCUUUGGGGCGGCCACGCGCCAGUAUCUCUGUAAUUGGGAGGACCACGCCACGGGCGGGGUCUGCGGGCAGGGACCGUUUGACACCUUUGAGCACUUCUAUCGCCACCAUGCCACGGCGCACGCGGGGAUCCUCUUCUUCGAAUGUGACCUCUGCGAGCCGGUGCGGGGGUUCAUGUCGGCGCUGUUGCUCAUCCAGCAUACCAAGGACGUUCACGGUGGGGAUCCGCGGCUGUGCGAUAGGCCGGAGCCGUCGGCUUCCCCUAGGGCGACUGAAGGCGAGGCUGUUGAUCCUGCUGCGUCACUGGCGGAGAAACUAGAACUUAUGGACCUGGACGUGGUCGACAGCAUCGAGGACGACGCCAUGCACUUGGAUGAAUAGGUGAGUUGCGGGCUGUGUGGUCACUGUUUCAUAGUACAGUACAUCUGCCGGCGUAAGAAUGUCUGCCGCUGCAUAUCUCAGUGGACCACAAUCUCAGGACGUCUAUUGAUACUCUGAUAUCUUUGGUCGCGCUUUGACAAAACUAGAAAAGAAAAGAAAAAAAAAAUAACAGCA